UUCAUCCUGUUUCCAACCCUAUAAAAACAGCUGCGAUACAUCCUCCGAGUAUGCCUUGCUGUGACGAGCCGACGCCGCAUCAGUAACCAUGCCCUCCAGACCCCCUAAGAUUACCUUGUACACGGAAAAGGAUUUCAAGGGAUGUUGUAAAGAUUUCUGUGAUCCUCAGUACAGUUUAUGUUUUACGGGAUUCAACAAUCGAGUGUCGUCCGUGGAGGUCCACAGUGGACUAUGGGUUCUAUACCAGCAUUGCUUCUUGGGCGGUAAGAUUUACGUUGUAUGGGAGGGACAGAAGAUAAACCUGCCGUGUGAGGCCGAUGACACCAUUAGUUCCCUUAAACCAAUCGAGUUUGACUUUACGGUAAGCCCCUCCUGUACUCUAUACGAGGACAAAUGUUUCGGCGGCAGGAAGCAGGUUUUUGAAGGGGUCACUCGAUAUCCAGAUCUAGGCAAAUUCUGUUUUAACGACAAAGUUUCGUCAGUGGCAGUUCAAAGUGGAGGAUGGAUAGGUUUCCAGCACUGUUGCUUCAAGGGCAAGCAGUACCUGUUUUUGACGGGGCGUCACAACGGGUCGGCAUCAGAGGGCUGCUUUGAACAUGAUGCGAUAUCGUCCUGGGCACCGAUCAUCUUAGGACCACAUCCAUCCGCUGUCUAGACGAACUCGGCUUGUGCCAUUUCCUAGAGGUUUUUUUUCAAAUAGCUAUGAAUUCAUUUUUUUUUUAUAACAGGGACACUGAAAUAGAAAUGGAAAAUAAAGAAACCAAAUAUAUUACUCUCCGUGACGAAUUCUUAUUCACGUCAAUGGUGGAAGUUUACAUGACUCUGAACUUUUUAAACUGUGUUUGUUUUAAAUAAAACAUUCUUCAUCCGUA